AGCAAACGACAAAAAGCUUUUUCGCGACUUCUGAAACUACACACAACCAAACGCUCGCAGUCGCAGAAACGAAACCCUCGUGGCAAUGGCGGAAGAAGAGCCUCACCAGAAGCUCUUCCGCUCCUACAUGGGCCUCAGCUUCUCCAUGUCCCUCGCGCUCCUCGCCAACACCUCCGUCCCCGCGCUGCAGGCCAAGGUCCGCGCCCUCUCCCUCCGGGCCGCCGCCGCCGAGGAUGAGCUCCGCCAGAUGAAGUCCCGCCGCCACGAGGACUCCAAGGCCAACGCCCGCGUCGUCGAGAUCUUCGCCUCUCACCGCAACGCCUGGCAGGCCGAGGAGAAGCGCCUCCUGCACCAGAUCGACGCCGCCGCCGACGAGAUCGCGCGCCUCCGCCGCCGCGUCGCCGACCUCGAGGACGCCUCCGCCCGCGCCCACAAGGAGCUCGCCGACCGCGACGAGAUGAUAGGGUUCAUGUCAAGGAGGAUCGAGGAGGAGGGAUUCGGUGGGACGGAGCUCCACGGUAAGAAGAGUAGAGAGUGGGAAGAGGAAGAGGACAUGGUGGGGUCCACUAGGCACGUCGAAGAGGAGGAGGAGGAGGAGGAGGAGGAGCAGCUUGAGGUUAUCUAUGAACAGCAUACUCACCAGUUUGGGAACAAUGCCUUUGAUUCUGACUUUGUGGCUUCUGCUUCUAAGUUCUGGGCUGAGAAACCCUCGCUGUGGCAGGAUGUACAGUACGAAUCCCUUGAAUCAAUGUAUAAUGCAAAGCAUUUUGUUGCAAGAAGGGAGUCUCCGUGGAAGGUAGAUGGUGAUUCUGCCGGAGUUUCCUCUAAACUUAAAUUACUUGAACAGGAGUUAUUGAAUCUGGAGAAGAUUGGUAAGAAUGAUCCAUCCAAGGUGUCAUCCUUGAUUAAGAAGCAGGCAAAGAGAUAUCAAGCGCUUUCAGAAAAAAUCGAUGAUUUGUGCAGCAGAAUAGCUAAUGAUCCGACCGAGUCCUCUCUCAGUUCAGAAUUUCAAACCCAAACUCAAACAGAGUUUUUACUGGAAGCAUAUCGACUUCAACAGGGGGCAUCGGAAACAGGACAGAAGCUAAUGGCUUUGCAAACUGAAAUUGGGAAGAGCCAUUACAGGGAUGACUUGAUAGGUGAGACCUCAUUGACCACAAGACGGUCUCUGGACUCUAUUAGGAACAACUUCAAAGAAAUCCAGCGAAACCUGGAGAUAUGGUUGGCCAGAAUUAUUGGUGAUCUCGAGGGGAUUCUGUCAAGGGAAGGUGCAUCUCGUGUAAGAGAAUAUUAUAUUUCUAGAUAUCCUUUUGUUCAAUAGAAUCUGAGAGGCUGGUAGCUGUAGGAAAGCCUCACCUCUUAAGCUAACAAGUUAUCUCUUGUGGGUAUGUAUAUUGUUUCAAUUCAUAAAAGUGGUAGUUGGAUAUCCCUGUGAAAUGAAAUCAUACCGCUGCUGCUUGUGUUGGCAUCUUAAAUAUAUUCUUCCCUCCCCCACGUGGGCAUCCAUCUUAAA